AUGGACGCCAACCUGAAGGGCUGCUUUGUGUACACCUCGAGCGCCUCCGCCGUGCUGCCCUCGCCGUUCGCCGUGUCCUAUGCCAGCACCAAGGCCUUCCUCUCUAUGUUUGCCAUCAGCCUGGCCCCGGAGGUCAAGUGGCUCGGCAUCGACGUGCUCGCGGUGCACCCGUUCUACGACGGCCCCGUCAAGAUUGGGAUGAUGGAAGCUUUCAGGAAGCUGGCCGUGGCGCCCGAGGACCUGCCGGACAUCAUAUUCGCGUCCAUCGGCCGCACCAUCUGGAAGGACGUCGGCGGCGUCGCGCUGGGCUUCCGCAUGCUGGAGAAGGUGGUGGACCUCAACGGCCUCUUCUCCCUGGCGGCCCCCGUCAUGCACCUCAUGCCAGACUUCCAGCAGCAGCUGCGCGCGGCGCGCGAGGCGCGGGGCGGGGGCGCCUCCUAG